AUGCAACAGACAGUCAUUGCAUUAGUAGUCGAACAGAUCUGCGCCCAGAAUUUGGAAGCACCAAUAACAGUACUGCACGAAGAGAUGCAGGAGCAUGGUCUUGUAAUGGCAGAUUCGUCGACAGCCAUCAACGGUGAACAGGUUGCUAUACUGAUCGGAGCAGACUAUUACUGGGACUUCGCCACCGGAAGAACCCACAAAUUGCAAAAUGGAGUGCAAGCCGCUGAAACAACUCUGGGCUGGACUCUGCAGGGCCCUUAUGCUCACACGAGCGCAUUGCAUUCGACCACCUGCAACAACAUCACGGUGCUCCGAGUGAACACACUCUCGAAAGGGGAAAUGACAAAAAUGAUGGACCAAAUAUGGACUCUCGAGGGAGCCGGUAUUCAAGAGCACGAAACAGAAAAAACGCAUCCUGUAAUGGAAAAUUUCGAACAAACAAUUGAAUACAAGGGAGGUAGAUACGUGGUUUCUCUACCGUGGAAAGAUGAAGUCUCAAUGGAAGACAAUAAGGGUAUCGCAUUGAGACGGCUAUCACAGGUUACCAGGAGACUCAUGAAAUCUUCAGAAUCGAUGACCAACUACGAUACUGUAAUUCGCGAAUAUAUCGAGUCAGGCGUCGCAGAGAGGGUUAUAGAAUCUACUGGAACUGCAAACAAGACAGGACAUACUUACUACAUGCCGCACCACGCAGUGGUAAAGGAAGAUCGUAUAACGACCAAAAUAAGGAUCGUCUUCGAUGCCUCGGCGCAUGAAGCCUUCACCAAAUCAUUGAAUGGCAACUUGCACGCUGGUCCAAACCUCAACCCGGACAUAAUGACGGCGAUAUUAAACUUCAGGCUAUACCCAGUGGCAUUGAUCAGCGACGUACAAAAGGCGUUCCUCCAAAUAUUGAUUCGUGAAGAGGAUCGUGACGCUCUCGGGCUCUUAUGGUACGAAACGACACCCAGGCAAGGGGAACCAAUGCCGAGAACCGAAACGUGGCGAAUGAACAGAGUAACCUUUGGGACAGCUCCAAGCACCUUUCUGCUAGCAGCUACCCUACAACAUCAUUUGCGACGGAAUGAAAGGGACUAUCCCGAGAUUGUAAAGGCACUCCUUGGCUCUAUUUACGUAGAUGACGUCGUUUUGGGAGCAGUGAACCUCGAAGAAGCAAGGAGAAGAUGCAAUGAAACGCGGCAGAUAUUCAGCAAGGCUUCAAUGAAGCUACAGAAAUUGGGCUCAAACAGCAGCGAAAUGCGCGCUGUUCGUUAUCGGCACGUCAACUAA